AUGGCCGCUAAGUCUGAUGGAGCAGCGGUGGCCGUGGAAGAUGACAACCCGCCCAGGAGCCUCUCGGAGCCAAGGCAAGUCACCACCGCCGCCGCCGCCUGCGCCGCCUCUCCCACUGUCGUGUCCCGGCGCGGCCCGUCGGGCGGACAGGCGUACACGCUGCUGGACUGCUGCUGGGUAUUGUGCGCCCUUCUCGUCUUCUUCUCCGACGGCGCCACCGACCUGUGGCUGGCCGCCGACUACUACCUGCGAGACGACUACUGGUGGUUCGGCCUGACGCUCGUCUUCGUCGUGGUGCCGUCGGCCGUCGUGCAGGUCCUCAGUUUCUGGUGGUUCGUGUACGACUACUCGGAGCUGAGCGGCGCUCACGGGUCGGCUGGAGCGACGGGCGAAGCGACCGGCGACUCGGCGUUGGGAACCAAGGACAGCGACCAGCGCGGUCCGGGCGCGGCGAACGCGGCGAACGCCACCGCCGUCCCCGCGUCCUCCUGCUCGUCUGCAGCGACCGAGAGGAGCGGGCGACCUCGGAGAUGUUGCGCCGUGUGCGUGUGGGUCUUUCAAACGGUGCUCCAUGCUUUGCAGCUGGGACAAGUGUGGAGGUACAUCCAUGCCCUCUACCUGGGCGCCCAGAGUCGUUGGCACGGUGACGGUUCCCACCACCGCUUCCACUGGCGGCUGAUGUUCGAGAGCGCUGACAUCACUAUGCUCCGCAUCCUGGAGGCCUUCCUCAAGUCAGCACCGCAGCUUGUGCUGCAGCUUAGCAUCAUGAUCCAUGGAAACACUGUCCUUCCACUGCAAGGUCUGUCGGCCUCAGCGUCCCUGGUGUCACUAGCCUGGAUGAUUGCGUCCUACCAGAAGGUUCUGAGGGACUCCCGUGAUGACAAGCUCUCCAUGUCCUACAAGGCCGUCAUCGCCCAGAUCCUCUGGCACCUUUUCACCAUCGGGGCCAGGACUGUGGCCUUUGCCCUCUUUGCCUCCGUCUUCCAGCUCUAUUUCGGAAUAUUCAUCGUCACUCACUGGUGUAUAAUGACAUUCUGGAUCAUCCAAGGUGAGACCGACUUCUGCAUGUCCAAGUGGGAGGAGAUCAUCUACAACAUGGUGGUGGGCAUCAUCUACAUCUUCUGCUGGUUCAACGUCAAGGAGGGCCCCAGCCGCGUCCGCAUGACCGUCUACUACACCGUGACAUUGGCUGAGAACGUGGCGCUGACAGCCGCCUGGUACACGUACCGUGGCCCUCACACCUCCGACUCCUACGCCCUGGUGGUGGUGUGCCUGGUGGCCUGCAGCUUCGCCUUGGGGACUUUCUUCAUGUUAGUCUACUACUGCUGGCUGCAUCCUGAUGGGCCGGUCUUGGGCACAAAUUGGGGGGGCUGCGUGGAUGAGGGGAUAGUGAGUGCAAGUGGUGUAGUGGGUGUGAUCGAUGCCUGUCUCACCCCGUCCCAAGGCUCACAAACGGACAUGGUGAUCACCAGUCCUCCCAGGACUCUCCCCAGGACUAAAGACAUGGGGGACAUGGUUGCUGGGGAGCAGGAUAGAGACAGGGAAAGGGAUCGGGAUAGUUGCCUGCCGGUUUUUCAGGUGCGUCCUUCCCCUUCAUACUCCCCAGCACUCCUCCACAGGACCUCCAGCUCCCAAGAGGGCCCUGUGAUCAGGAUCGACCUCCCAAGGAAGAGAUAUCCAGCCUGGGAUACCCACUUCAUUGACCGCCGCCUCCGCAAGGCCAUCCUACUUCUGGAGACUACAUCAGCAGUCAGUCCCAGGAUACAGUACAGAAGUAGCAUGAUGGGCAGCAAAGAGGUGCUGGAGUACGAGACUACAGUUUAAGUCGACGGGCGUUCUUCAAAUGAGAAAUGUAGUCUGGGAUCAAGACUCAGCCAGAGACCAGUUCUCCUCCUAGGACUCCCUUGCCAGGAGAGAAUUGGACAGGGAACAUGGACAGUCAACUGUUUUUCAUUAAAGAUAGGUGUGAAAACUUGAUUGUAAAAUGUGAAGCGCAAUCUCUGGCCAAGGCACUCAUUCCGCUUGACCAGGUCCAGGUUGAAGCUCCAUCCUUGAGCUAAUGAGGGAAUAGGAAUCGGAUAAUCUUCGUCUAAUUGAAAUGCUUGUAGGUGAGAAACGUAAUCUCCCAUUGUGGGACAGAGAAUUACAGUAUUAGAUUUCAUCCCACAUGGUCAGAAUGACAUAAAUGAGCUGGUGCACGAACAUACAGUAAGCCUGAGACUGUGGAGACCCCCACCCCCUACUACUAAAGAGAGCGAGAGAGAGAAUUUGAAGACUGUUUUGUCAGGGUGGUAGAAUGGCACAUGGAAUUGUUGUGAAGCAAAAUUAUAUGAUGAUUUUCCACAAUUUAAAUGUUUCCCUUAAUCAAAAUUGAAAUGGAAAAAAAAGGUCAAAACUGGGCUGCAGUAUAAAAAUGUCAAAUAUGCGGAUAAUUAAAAAAAAAAAAAAUGUCACCAUAUCAGUAGAUGGAGCCCAGUUUUAACUUAACAUUGAGGGGACAAUUCAUCUUGACUAGUGUCUCACCAAGUCAAGACCCAGUCCCAACUUCCCUCCAGUUGAUUGCAUGUCCUUCUUCUGACCUCUAAGAGCACCACACACGUCUAUUUAGGUCCAGAUGAAGUGUUAACGUCAAAUGACCAAGGACUGAUGUGACUCGAGAGCCACCUCACACUGAUGUACAGUCAAGUAAAUACUAAUGUCAGAUAUAAGCUAGUAAAACACGUAGUUACUGUAGGUGACGAGUGACUCGACAGAGUCUAAAUGUUCAUUCAAGUUGACUUUUAG